AUGGAGGACAGCGAUGCCGAGCGGCUGGGAACACCUCCACCUCCCUAUGACAGCCUCCGGAGCGCCGGCCAACAUCUGCGCCCUGUGACAAGAAGUCUUCUGGACAACAACUACUUCGACUAUCGCGAAAUCGAAGAGUACCUCGCCAAUCCCUGGUCACCUCCAUCGGCGCCUGGCAAGCAGAUUGUGAUAAUGAACAAGUCCGAGCCGAAGUGGUUGCACUGUCACCACGUGGUAUUUCCGGUGUACUGGCAGUGCCCAGCCUGCUCCGCUCAUAACAAGUGGGACGUGAGGGCCAUGCUGGGCCCUGACCAGAACUACGGUCCUUCUUGCUCCUGCCAUCGUUGCGGUGCCUUGGCUCACCGUGACACGGCGCUGCUCAACGCUCAGAAAGAUGAGAUCACAAAACUCUCUGGCCAUAAUCUUAUGAGCACCCGACUCGACGCAUCAUACAUGCGGUGCUGCGCGUGCCACGGCGUGCGCUUCCUCGAAGGGCCAGACCGGGGGAACGGUUGUGCUCACUGCGCCGAUCCCCAGCGGAGCAGAUGUCCAGACUGCGUCCUAUGCAACAGGUUUCUGGAACCGCUCCAGUACUGCAACUGCGACCCGGUCAAACACGGUGUCCUGGACCUGUGCCGUCGGGCACUGGGGAAUGAUCAACGGGUGAAUGAGGCCCGCUGGCCGAGCAAUUUCGUCGUUGACGACAGCGAUGGCGACCCGCGCCUCAACGACAUCGGGGACAGCCUGAACGUGAAGUACGACAAGAGAUUCAACCUGACCGAGCCCCGAUGGUUCGGGCGGAUUCGCUUCCGCCGCCCAGGCCCGGAGACCAACAUCAAGUACAGGCUUUCGUGGUCCUGGAGGCCGGUUCUUCAGGAUGAGAGGUUAGACUUGGAGGUCUGGUGGAACCUGGAAUCGGGCCCGGGCUCGAAUACACAUUUGCGGACGAGUCGGUGA